AUGACUAUGAGUUCCAAGCGCCGUCAAGACACCUCCCAAUACUCUGCCACGCAAUACCCUUCAGUCGCCCCACGAGUUGAGAGCAGGAUACCCACGAGCUCCGACAGUGAGAACCCGCCAGGAGAAAUUCAAAUGCAGAUCGGAGAGACGGCAGAGAUGCGCGAGCGUCGAAGAGUCCAAAACCGACUGGCCCAACAAGCCUUCCGCGCCCGGCAGAAGAUCCGGGUCCAGGCACUGGAGAGCGAAUGGACCCAGCUGCGACAGCUGCACGAGGCCUUGAACCAGGCCUGUUCACAACAGGCCAAGGAGAUCAAACAGCUGCAGUCGCGGGUCGAGGAGCUGCUUCAAGACAUUGAACUUAUCAAGAAUUCUCAAGAGAACGAGGGGAACUCCUGGUCCUCGUCUUGCCCUACGACACCCGAGCAACAGCUUCCCAUGACGAGUGCGAUCACAGUGGCCGAGGCGGAACUGCGGAAUUUCUUCAUCGAGGGCAGGAUCUCGGACUUCCCAGAGUUUCCAGAGUCGUUUCGAUCUCGCUACUCUGCCUAG